CCGGAAGUGCCGUGAAUUGUCCAGGCGUUAGGCGUUUUAUGCUUGGUGAACAAUUAUACGAGGGUUUACUGACUUGGAACGAAACGGUCAACUGAUUGCUUUUUUGUUUAGAUACCCCACAGGGCUACGAUAUAACAGAGACCUGUACUGGUGACAAGGACGACAAGUAUUGUGGAACCGGCAAGUCGAACGGUUAUCAGAAGAAUGGCACGGCCAAAGAAAAAAACUUGCCAAUGUCUAACGUUAUAGCCUUUUGCUAAAACAUACGGCUGUUUAAUUAUUGUACAACGAACGACUCAACCAAGACAACUUUAUUUUAUUUUUUUUACUUUUUUUGUCCACACGACGUGGGUUUGACAUUUGCCAUAUAAAAUGGAGGUGACAUUCCUUUUGAAUGUAUAUUCCACACUUUUGUGCCUCUUUGCCGUUCUGAAUGGACUCGCCGACUGUACUGGAGGCUCCUCCAAUCAGAUGGCGCACUUCUCCUCUUACCAACUCACAGUCCCACGGUUGAUCUCCAACAAGCAGAGGCGGGAUGUGAGGGACACGCCAACCAAUCAGGUGUCCUACGGCAUUAGAAUCCAUGGAAAGGAACACCUGGUUCACAUGCAGAGAAACCAGCUGCUGCUGGCUCAUGACUUCACCAUGUUCACUUACAGUGAUAAUGGAACAUUGGUCACAAGCAGGCCACCUGUACAAGAUCACUGUCACUACCAGGGCUACAUUGAAGGCGUGGAAGGUUCUUCUGUCGCGAUGAGCAUCUGCGAUGGUCUCAGGGGUGUGCUCCAUCUAUCUAAUGAUAGCUUUGGAAUGGAGCCUUUAGACUCUGACCCACAGCAGCACAUAGUGUACCGCCUACAGGAUGUGACAUCACAGCCCAUGGGCUGUGGCACGCCACACAUAAAGCACGGGUACGCGACACAUGCCCAGUAUGGCUCAGAGGAAAGCCAUCGGAAUAUGGGUCACCACAAGCGGGUACGCCGUGCUGUUCUCCUUCAGACCCACUAUGUUGAACUGUUCUUGGUGGUCGACAAUGAACGGUAUAACUACAAGUAUAGGAAUGAGACGGCUGUGAGAGAAGAGAUGGUUGAACUGGCAAAUUACAUUGACAGUAUGUAUGUGCCCCUGAACAUCCGCGUGGUGCUGGUUGGUCUGGAGAUCUGGGCCCAUCAGAACAAGCUCAGCACCAAGGGCUCGGCUGGAGAAGUGCUGAGUCGCUUCACCCAGUGGAGGGAGAAGGAGCUGCUGCCACGCCACCGCCAUGACUCGGCACAACUCAUCCUGAAGAAGAGUUUUGGCAGUACGGCAGGAAUGGCCUUCAUCUCAACCGUGUGUACCCGGAACCUUGGGGGAGGGAUCAACGCAUUCACUAAUAACAACCUGCCCUCCUUUGCAACGAUCGUUGCCCAUGAGCUCGGUCACAACCUGGGGAUGAACCACGACGACGGGCGGGAGUGUGCGUGCGGCGCUGGAGGCUGCAUCAUGAACUCUACAGCAACUGGAUCUAGAAACUUCAGCAGCUGCAGUUCGGAUGACUUUGAGAAGAUGAUCUUGGCCACAGGCGGAACCUGUCUGCUCAACUUCCCCCGUCCAGACGAGGCCUACAGUGCCCCCUUCUGUGGAAACAGGCUGGUGGACAUAGGAGAAGAUUGUGACUGUGGAUCAGAGAAGGAGUGUCAGAAAGACCCUUGCUGUGAGUAUAAGACCUGUAAGCGGAUGCCUGGAGCCCAGUGUGCUUAUGGAGUCUGCUGCCACAAAUGUCAGUAUCUCCCAGGAGGCACAGUGUGUCGCUCGAGUACAGAUCAAUGUGAUCUUCCAGAAUAUUGCAACGGGACCACUGCUCUCUGCCAACCGGACAUAUUCAUACAGAACGGCCAGCCAUGCAUGAACCAGCAGGCCUACUGUUACAAUGGAAAGUGUCAACACCUUGAAGGACAGUGCAAAGCUAUCUUUGGAUCAAAGGCCAAAGCCGCUCCGAAGGUUUGCUUUACAGAGGUUAACAGUAAGGGAGAUCGAUUUGGUAACUGUGGAUACCAAGAAUCCGGCUUCAAGAAGUGUGAGAGCAGGAAUGCGCCGUGUGGGAAGCUGCAGUGCUCCAACGUCCACACCACUAUAUUUGGAAUCGAUCCGUCCAUCAUCACCACGCCCAUCGGUGGCACCAAGUGCUUCGGUGUGGACUUCAUGCUGGGCACUGACGUACCAGACCCAGGCAUGGUGACCGAGGGCACCCCCUGUGGGGACAACAUGGUUUGUAUGAACUUUGAGUGCCGCAGUGCUGAUGUCCUCAACUACGACUGUGACGUGGAGACUAAAUGUCAUGGACACGGGGUGUGUAACAGUAAUAAGAACUGUCACUGCUCAGAGGGCUGGGCUCCGCCCCACUGUGAGGUCAGGGGUUACGGCGGCAGCGUGGACAGCGGGCCCACAUGGAAUGAUAAGGACACCUCGGUGAGGGACGGCAUGCUGGUCUUCUUCUUCCUGGUGCUCCCUCUCCUGGCCGUGGGGGCGUUUGCGUACCUGCGCAGGAACGAACUCCUGAGGCGCGUGGGCCUGGGGCGCAGGAAGCGGUCGCAGGGAUACGAGGCGGACAGCAGAUCUCCAGCCAAUUCCAGCAGAGUGCCACCUCCCAGAGGACCGCCCCCUGCUGUUACCCGCCCUAACCCUAACAGUGUCGCGAGGGACGGGGUGAGUUUCCAGCAUCAAGCUCUGCUCCAAGAAGAAAAGGUGGUGCAGACCAAUAGGACCGCUUCAGUUCCAUCUUAUGCAAUGAGACCACCACCUCCUCCUCAGAAACCAACAGCUGCCAGCCAAUAUCUAGUGCCUCAAAGAUCUGCCCCGCCUCCCCCAGUCUAGCCAAUGGGGGAUGAAACAUGCAACACUUCCUCAUCACAGCCCAGUAGGCUUCUGACUGGUCAACAUUCACUGGCAACUUACCGGGGAAACUUACAGUCUACGAACAGAAAGAAUACUUUCUGUUCGACACAACUUUCUUUCUUUCGAUUCCCCUCCUUACUGACUGUUGCCACGGCAUAUUAACAACCACUGCUGCUGAGUGAUUGCACUUCCCCUUCUGCUCAGCAACGUCACAGGACUGUUACACACCGCAGAUGUGACCCCCCCCUCCCCCGCCCCUGCCCCCCAGCAACGGCUCACACGAAUGAUCAGCUUUUGGUGUGCUUGAUUCGGACUACCCUGCUUGUCCGGUGCUUGAUCUCUUCAAAUUGUACAAACCAUUAUAUACUGUGUUAAUUAGACCAUGGGCACAUUGACGCUUUCUUUGUUUUUUCUUUAGUUGAGGUACAUAAACGGCUUAUGGUGGGUCUUUUCUUAUCUUUAUAAUAUCUAAUGCAUUUUAGUUGAGUUAAUCAUUUAUAGGUCUACACCUGAAGCUUAUCACUGGAGCGGGAACCCUGUUCUAAAUCAGCGUCGUGUAUAAAUGUGUUCUGGGCAGUUUGCCUGAGAGCCACUAUCGAGCAGUCACGCAAACCACUAACGUCACGCAGCCAGACCUCUUGCACUCUCGAACAUCAAUCCUAGUCGUAUUCUCUUUCAUACAGCACCUUUUAAGUAGUGUCAUGCUAAGGUAAGGACUAAACCCUUACCAUCACCUGGGUAAUUGGCAGGUUGAGCCAGAAUGCUCACCAUCAAAUGACUGACCUACGAGUACCAGAGUCUGUUUGGGAAUUUUUCUUGGAUAUCGAGGCUUAGCGAGCAUCUCUUGCCAUGCGGGAUGGGGGCCUCGAUUUAAUGUCUUGUUUGAAAGAUGGCACGGUUAAAAUCCAAUCUCUGGCCUGCGGCAUUUAUUAUAAAGGAAAGAAGGUUGAGCCCCCCCUACUGGCUCUCCCAACACCUCCACCAGCACUCACCGGUGCCCCAUACCAGGGUAGACCCUGCUUAGCUCCCAAAUAAACCAGUGACCCUUACCUAUACUCAUGUGCUGACUUGGCUUGAAUCUGGGCGCGUCAGCCCAGAACAGCUGGGAUUUGCAUCUCCAUUACACGGGGCAAACCGCUCAAAGGUAUGUCUUUAACUGACCACACGCUGGUGUCAUGGUGGUCAACCAUGACACCAACUCGCCAAAACUGCAGAAUGAAACUGACCCUGAAUCUGUUCAGUAGACUAGAGUCUGAUGGCUGAAAUGUUACUUAAUGUUGACACUGAGUCGUACCUGAACGAUGAGCAUGGCUCCGGUCCGACUCCAGAGGUGGUCCAUCUGGGGCACCACUGCAGGUUUAAACCCAUAAUGGAAACGCAAAUCAACAGGCCGCGCUUUGACCCGGCUAGGCCACAAGGGCCAAUGGAGAAGUGCUGCAGCUGUAGUCGUCCGUUGACGUAGUGCGGUGCCAAGAUCCUUCGGAAAUCCAGGAGCUAAAAAGUAUAAUAUUUUGUCAUAUUCUCAUCUAUUGAAGUAAGGCUACUAUCAAUGAGCAGCCAAUUUAAUUCUUACAGGUUUUUUUAUUUUGAAAGACGGAGGUUAGGCUAAGUGAGUUGGUGCUCUGCUUCACAAACACUGGUACAUUCAUAGACAAUUACCUGGGCUAAAGGUGUAUACACUGUGUAGAUCUAGAUAACCUUUACAUUGUUUGUCAGUUUUUAUUUUUGCUGUUUUAUUACUUUGCUGUGGUUUUGCACAUGAAACUGACCAUUUGUGGUAUACUAUUUUACGAGUGUUUCAAUAUUUUGCGCAGUACUCCUCAGUGUAAUGAGUUGGAUGUCAACAGUUUGUGUGCCAUAGGAAAAGAUGAGUCCUAGCAGAAACCAAAUGGGAAGACAGUGAAGUUGUUGUCCACAACUCCAAUCGAUUUUUCCCUGGUUUCAAUUUCAUCAUUUUAUUCUUUGAUAGAAUAUAAACCUUUCAUCAAAUGACUCAUUCAUUUACAAUGACUUGCAAGUUGAGUGUGUGUGACUGCAAGAUAAAUGUAUUGUUAUCCUAAAUCGACCUUUAUUAGCCAUUGAAUGUCCUGCUUCAAUCAUAAACUGAAUUCAUUAACUUCCUGGUUUUCUGAAAUUGAAUUAUAAGCCCCCGGGCACAUAAUGACAAUCGGUUAGGUUGUAAGACUUGACCUUAUUAGCCAUAAAGACCUGAACCACCACACUGACCCAGAAACCCUCUAUCGCACUCAUUUUCUAUUUUUAUAGCUUUUUUAUUUAUAUUUACUGGUGAGAUUUGGUUUGAUUCUUCUAUUGUAAUGAACACAAAUGAAAAGCAGCUUUAUAUAUUACUGUGGUUCUUAUUUUAAUUGUAAUAAUCAUUAUAAAGCCGGGUGUUUGAUGGGGCUGUUAAUAAAAAUAAAAUGCACAGCCCCCCAAGUUUCAACUGUAGAGGUCAAAGAAUUACCCUAGAAACAGACGCCCCCCCCCUGCAACCACAACGAGGUGUCUAAACAUGGCUCUGGUAUUCAACCAUACCAAUGACCUAGAUAUAUGUAUGUUCAUAAUCUAUUAAAUGUAUUACUUCCAAAUGGUAUGAUUAAAAUUGAGCCCUGAUUCUGAGAGUCACUAUGCUACAUACUCGCACUGCCAUGCAGAACAGUCAUUCAGUCACAUCAUUUAAAUGAGAAACAUGUGCUUUAAAACAUGUAUACUGUUGUACUAUCAAGUUUUUGUAUUUUUUAUAUUUUGUUGGCAUUCAUUUGUUUAACGCUCCUGAAAUACAUAACAAAUCCUGUGAAAAAAUUAUAUAUUUAGCACUUGUGUUCACCAAUCUGUCUCAUCCAAAAUGUUUCAUGAAACCCCCCCAGACUAUUACCAUAACCUAGGUUAUGGUAAUAGUCUGAUGUAGUCUGAGUCUCAUGAUGUCUCAUGUUGUAUCCAAACCUAAAUCGUACAUCAUAAGUAAUAACUUUUCUUCAUUUUUCAAAAAAGUUAUCAUAUUUACAUCCUGGGUCAACUAAUCAUCGUACUUUCAAAUAAUAACUUAACCUUUCGAUGUUUCACUCUUUUAGAUCAUCUUAACUCUCAUCAGGUACAGCCACACUAUAUUGCUUAAACAGAACAAUAAACGAUAUAUAUGUAGAUAGACAGAGACAGAGGACACUGGUAUCUAUAGCCUAGUUAUAACAAUAAAUACAUUAUAGAGGUAAUUUCCUAAUUACAAGGUUCUGGUCCAAUGUUGUGCAUUUCCAUGGCUAAAUUUACACUCACGUGACACAAUAGACAUUUAAUAAAAUUGUAGAAUAAUUCAACAUAGAAAACAGCUAUAUGAUAUAUUAUGGUACACAUCCUGUUUUCUGCUACUUUGAAUGCGUCAUAUGGAGAAUGAUUGUAAAUUAAACUAUAACCACAGUACUGUA